AUCAAUAAAUAGUUUGUACAAAGGUUUAAAUGUCUGAUAACAAUUCACACACUGACCUUUUCUGUUUAUAAAUCGAGAAACCGAAUCGAUCAUGUAGAUAUAACUUGGAUAUAGUUUAUGAAACACUUGUCUGCCAGGAUAAAAAAACGACAAUGCCACGUCAAGCGUCAGCCGAUCUUCGUAAGAUGACGUUUUCUGAGUGCAGUCUGACGUCAUCAUCGGAAGCAUCUCCAGGAUCUGAAGAAGUGACGUCACCAGACGAAGAGGUCAAGGUGCCAAAGUCAGGCUGGAAUGUCAAAGACAUGGUCAGUAAGGGCGUGUUUAUGGUCAGCGUGUUCUUCUUGGCCACUGCAGUCAGAGGCGAAUGGCUAUUAUUCAUUGUCUACCUCGGCCGGGAUCAUCUUCAGUCGCUCCUGGGCCAUGCGGAAGCGGGUAACUCGACGGACGUCACUUCCGCCGGGAUGCUUGAGCGUCUGGGGCUGCGGGACCUGCAUAUUUACGUGCCGUUCGCGCUGUUUGUUUCGUUUUCGCUGUACUGGGGUAUCGGGCUGACUUUUGACAUGUACUUCUACAAGAACCGGAAACACAUGGCAGACACGUGGAAGUGCCAGCCAGACCGGUGGCUGACUCGCUCCAACGAGUGGCACGAGUUUCUCUUGGGCUCCUUCAACAUGAUGCUGGGCUCAGUGGUCUCUGGGAUCAUCUCGUGUUACAUCAUGAACGGAGGCCGGUGCACCCUAUACAUGGAUCCUGGUCAGUACGGCUGGGCGUACCUUCUGCUCUCAAUUCCUGUCUUGUUUAUGUAUGGUGAGGCUGUCAGCUACUAUCCACACAGGCUGUUCCACUAUCCCUGGUUGUACAAGAACGUCCACAAGAUCCAUCACCGGUACGGGAGCCCUACCCUUUACAGCGCGGUAGCCAUGCAUCCGCUCGAGUUCCUGAUGUAUCAGACCUUUCUUGGCCUGCCCGCGUUCAUCAUCCCCCUUCACGCAGUGGUGUUUGUUGGCCACUUACUCUACGGCUACUACUACGGCAUGAUGGACCAUUCAGGAAUCAAGAUGGACGCCGUCUGGCCCUGGCAACCGUCUUCCAUGUUUCACGACGACCAUCAUAGACACUUCCACUGCAACUUUGGUUUUAACACACUGCUUUUUGACCGGCUACAUGGAACGCUUCGGCGUCAAAACCGGAAGUACGGAGAGAAGGUGUUCGGCGGGCACGGCCGACAGGAAGUAGGGACUGGAAGUGAGGCGCCGUUUCACGAGUAUUCCACCAGCAACUUGAUUCCGUUCACAUAAUAAUGACCCACCAACUGUGAUCGAAAGAAUUCUUUAAUUUACAAACGCUAUUGUUAUAUAAUUAACUUGUUUAGGUAUUAUUAUUUUGCUUUAUUCGUUGUUAUCAAUAUUUUGUAUAAAAAUAAUAUUAUAAGUUGUGAAGAUAGCUCUGGUUCACUAUUUAAGUAUUAAUUGCUAAACAAAAUGUUAUCUCAUUAAGUACCCCAAAGUGCUUUGUCCCAGUUUUGGUUCAAGUUCAUAUGCACCCAAGCAGGCAACUGUCAACAAUUACUUCGUGCGUUGUCCCAGUCGUGUUUCAAGUUCGUAUGCACCCAAGCAGGCAAAUGUCAACAAUUAGUUCGUGACUAGUCGAAAUUUUGUUUCAAAGUUCAUAGUUUCUAUAAUAACCAUUACUUUACCAUCAUUGAUUAGUUUUGCGCUUUAUAUAGUAAUAUAGGAGUCAAUUUGUUUUACAUGAAUAUCAUUGAUAGGAAGCACAAAUGCAAUUGUUACGAAGCUAGCUUAAGUCUUGGCACUUCUGGUUGUACGGGCUAUGACAAUUUUUGCAAGAAUUUAUUCGAGCCUACCAGAAACUGAAUGUGUCAUAUUUAAUUUGGCAUCACGUGUUUUAAGUUGGCAUCACAUGUUUUAAGUUGGCAUCACGUGGUUUAAGUUGGCAUCACGUGGUUUAAGUUGGCAUCACGUGGUUUAAGCUAGCAUCACGUGUUAAAGUUGGCAUCACGUGCUUGAAUAGUAAAAUUAGUUAAUUGUAGUGUUUAAAUAUUUAAUAUGUGUUACUAAGUUCAAAUUGAUUUCCAGUGAUGUGGUUAAUUGCACAGGGGCAGGGUUCAUAUAGAAUAAUAGUAUAAACAAUGUUGUUAGUUAUUUCUAGUAACAAUUCCUACGUCAUUGUUAAUAAGCCUUGGAAUAUUUAUUUAUCUUGUUUGGGCGGAAGGGGCGUAGUCAUGGGGUGAAGCAUUACUACGCACCCUGUCCCUGUUGUUAACCGCAUAUGAAUAAUUUAUUUAUGUCUUUUUUGUUGGAAAAUAUUUGUUUCCAGUGAGUUUAUUUGCACGUAUGUUGUAUUACUAUGUGCAUCUGCUCAACGUUAGAUAAUUUAAGGUAUAGAUAUAUGUAAAAUAGGUUAAUAAGGGCCCAACCAAUAGUGUCCUAUAGUAAUUACCCUGUUCGUCCGUCUGUACUUCCGUCUGUCUGUCCUAUCGAAAAAAAUUAGGUGGUAGGGGAAAUCUCAUAGUAAUGUAAUCUCUAUCAGGUAGUAGGGUAAUUCGCUUUCAGGUGUCAGGGGAAUUUGCCAUCGGCAGGUAGGGCAAUUUGCUAUCAGGUGGUAGGGUAAUUGGCUAUCAACUAGUAAGGGAAUCUGGUAUCAAGUAGUAGGGGAAUUCACUAUCAAGUAGUAAGGGAAUUCGCUAUCAAGAAGUGGGGGAAUUCGCUAUCAAGUAGUAGGGGAAUUCGCUAUCAAGUAGUAAGGGAAUUCGCUAUCAAGAAGUGGGGGAAUUCGCUAUCAAGUAGUAGGGGAAUUCGCUAUCAAGUAGUAGGGGAAUUCGCUAUCAAGAAGUGGGGGAAUUCGCUAUCAAGUAGUAGGGGAAUUCGCUAUCAAGUAGUAGGGGAAUUCGCUAUCAAGAAGUGGGGGAAUUCGCUAUCAAGUAGUAAGGGAAUUCGCUAUCAAGAAGUGGGGGAAUUCGCUAUCAAGUAGUAAGGGAAUUCGCUAUCAAGUAGUAGGGGAAUUCGCUAUCAAGUAGUAGGGGAAUUCGCUAUCAAGAAGUGGGGGAAUUCGCUAUCAAGUAGUAGGGGAAUUCGCUAUCAAGUAGUAGGGGAAUUCGCUAUCAAGUAGUAGGGUAAUUCGCUAUCAAGAAGUGGGGGAAUUCGCUAUCAAGUAGUGGGGGAAUUCGCUAUCAAGUAGUAAGGUAAUUCGCUAUCAAGUAGUAGGGUAAUUCGCUAUCAAGAAGUAUGGGAAUUCGCUAUCAAGAAGUGGGGGAAUUCGCUAUCAAGUAGUGGGGGAAUUCGCUAUCAAGUAGUAGGGUAAUUCGCUAUCAAGUAGUAGGGUAAUUCGCUAUCAAGUAGUAGGGUAAUUCGCUAUCAAGUAGUAGGGUAAUUCGCUAUCAAGUAGUAGGGGAAUUCGCUAUC